GUUCUGAAUCAGGAAGCUCCUCUCCUUCAAAACUGGGUGUGUAGUUGAGGAAUAAAUGAUCUUUAUAUUGCAGCUCAUUUAUUGAGAUCUCCAAAGUGACUUAAGUUGGUGACUAUUGAAGACUUAUAUUCUUCAUCCAGUGCCUGGGGGAGCCAUGGCACUGGACGAAGGAUCGCGGAGUUGUCUGCUGCGGGUCCGCCACAGACUGGAACAGGACAUCAAGCCCAGCUAUAUAAUGGACCACAUGAUCAGUGAUGGAGUGAUGACUGUAGAUGAGGAGGAGAAGAUCAGGACUCAGGAAACAAGAAAAGAUCAAGCAGUGGCACUACUUGAGUUGAUUCUCAGGAAAGACAAUCGUGCCUACAUUUCAUUCUACAAUGCCUUAAUUAAGGAGACAUAUGAUGACUUAGCCAGCUUACUUCACGCUGAUUUACCACGCACAUCACCUACAGCAUAUAAGAGUUUCCCUGAUGGCUGUACACCAUAUGUUCAGGUAGUUCUGAGUGAAGGGGGUGUACCGCAGAGGCCCGUUGUAUUUGUCAGUAGACCAGAGCUCUCAAAUAAAGUCCGAGAGAAACUUUAUCGGCUUCAGAAGGAGCCUGGCUGGGUCACUAUUUAUGGGAUGGCUGGUUCUGGCAAAUCAGUGCUGGCUUCCGAGGCUGUUCGUCACCACAGUCUUAUUGAAGAGUGCUUUCCUGGAGGCAUUCACUGGUUGUCCAUUGGCCAGGUGGAAAAACCAGACCUGCUUGUGAAGAUCCAGUCUCUGUGCUUUCGUUUGGAACAGGGCUUAGACUCACAGUUGCUUCAUAGACCUCCAAAUUCUCUGGAUGAGGCCAAAGAACGCCUGCGCUUUCUCAUACUCAGGAGAUAUCCAAGAUGCUUGCUGAUUUUAGAUGACAUCUGGGACAGUGCAGUAUUGAAAGCAUUUGAUAUUAAUUGUCGAAUAAUGUUAACCACCAGAAACAGAAGCCUAACAGAUUCUGUUAGUGGUGCAAAGUAUGAAGUUGAAGUAGAGAGUGGUCUGGAUGAAAAGAAAGGCUUAGAGAUUCUUGCUUUGUACACAAAUAGUAAAAUCCAUGGUCUUCCUGAAGAGGCCCGCAGCAUUGUCAAAGAAUGUAAAGGGUCCCCUCUUGUGGUUUCUCUCAUUGGGGCAUUAUUGAAAGAAAAGCCUAAUCGUUGGCGCUACUACCUGGCUCAGCUGCGGCAAAAGCAGUUCAAGCGUAUAAGAAAGUCUUCUUCCUAUGAUUAUGAUGCUCUUGACCAGGCCAUGGCUGCCAGCAUUGAGGUGCUCCCAGAGGAACACAGGGAACUGUACAAAGACUUGACUGUGCUUGAGAAGGACGUCAAAGUGCCUGCCAAGGUGCUAUCAAUAUUGUGGGACUUACCUAUUGAGGAGGUGGAAGACAUUCUUGAGGAAUUUGCCAAUAAGUCCUUACUUUUUGUGGACUUGAACAACAAGCCAUAUCUUUAUUACCUCCAUGAUCUUCAGUUAGACUUCCUGGUAGAGCAAAACCGCAAUGAAAUUGAGAGCCUACACACAAAAGUAGUGCAUCAGUACCAGCAGUUCUAUAAAAAUGGACAUCCUACUUCAGGUGAUGAAGAAAGUCUCUACUGGAUUCGAUUCCUCACAGAUCACAUGGCGAAGGCCAAUCUUACUCAGGAGCUCUACUCUCUCAUGUUUUCACUGGAAUGGGUUACUAUUAAAUCACAAGUAAUGAGUCCAGCUCAUCUUAUCAAUGACUACAUAGCACAUGGACCCAUUUUGGAUAAAGAAAACAGUGAGGUACGCAGUCAGUUCCAGGAGUUCCUGUCUCUGAAUGGUCACCAGCUGGAGCACCGUCCGGAUGUGGUUCAGCUGGCUCUGUCUGAGCCCCACACCUCUGAGGUUUACAGACAGGCUUGCAUGCAAGCCCUGGAGCGAUCCAGCAGAGGAAAACUCUACUUUGACUGGCUGAACAAAAAAUGUGUAGAGAGUCUGUCCCUUCUGGUGAUACACCCACACCAGGGCUCUCUGUACUCUGCUUGUUUUUCUCACGAUGGAGCAAAGAUCGCAUCAUGUGGAGCCAGUAAGACCCUGAAGGUGUUUAAAAGCACAUCAGGUGAAAAGCUCAUUGAGCUGCAGGCCCAUGAUGAUGAGGUACUCUGCUGUGCCUUCUCUCCAGAUGACCAACUCAUAGCUACCUGCUCUAGUGACAGAAAAGUAAAGAUAUGGAAUGUGGAGCGAUCAAUGCUUAUACGAGUUUUUGAGGAGGAGCAUGAGGAGCAAGUGAACCACUGCCAGUUUACCAACACCGCACACCGACUUUUACUGGCUACAUGUUCCAAUGACAAGUUUUUAAAUGUAAAGCUUUGGAACCUCAAUAAGCCAUCUUCACAGAACACUAUGUUUGGUCAUUUUGAGCCUGUCAACCACUGCUGUUUUUCACCAGAUGAUGCCAUUGUUUCCACCUCCUCUAAUGACGGCACUGUGAAGCUAUUUCAAGUGUCUUCUGCCAAUGAAUGGAAAACGAUAAACGUAAAAGCACUAUUUGAUGCUGAUGAAGAGGUACUUGUCAAAUGCAGCACUUGGACUGCUGAUGGGAAGCGUAUUGCAUGUGCGGCCAGAAAUACAGUUUGGAUAUUUGAUGUUGAGACGGCUAAUAUGGUGUUUGAGAUUCGAACCAAUCGAUUGAGCAUGGUACAGUUUUGUCAAGCCUGCAAUUCAAGUAACCUUCUUGCCAUUGCAUAUUCUAACUAUGGUGUUGAGCUGUGGGAUCUAGAGUCUAACAAAAAGAUGGCUGACUGCAAUGGUCACCUUAGUUGGGUUCAGCGACUUCAGUUCUCUCCAGAUGGUUCACAACUGCUCUCCUGCUCUGAUGACCAGACUAUUCGGUUAUGGGAGACAAAGAAAGUGUACACCUCCUCUGCUGUUUCCCUGAAAAGAGACUCAGAUGUUAUAUUCAGUGAUGAAGAAAUUAUUGUGUCAGCUGCAGACUAUUGCAACAGACUGCAGGUUCGUCAUGGGAGAAAAGGACAGGUGUUGUUUCAGUCGGAGGAGAAGUCCUCAAGGAUUCGUUGCACCUGUUUGUGCAGCCAGCUCUCCACUGUGGCUCUGGGACAAGAGGACGGCACUGUAGAGGUUAGGGUCAACAGUUAUGUGACAAAGCUAUGUAAACUGACUAUGAUAUGGUUCAAAUACUAUUAUUAUAUAAUAGCGUAUAUACUAUGAUAUGUCUACUGUGCU